AUGGGUAUAAGCAAUUUUGCAGAUAUUUGUUCGAGGACCCCGUUACCACUAUGCUCACUCAUUAAAUCGAAGACACAUUUGGCUCUAACGAAUCUGACCGAUAUUAACAAUUAUGAUAUAACGACUUUUAAUGUAGGUAUAUUGCCACGAUGCUAUGCAAGAUCCGUUGACAUUGCUAACACCUUAAUAUUCGAUAUAGGUAAUGCUUUCAUCAACAUUGGUGCGCUAAUAGUCAUCUUAAUUAUCAUCUAUAACAUUAGACAAAAAUAUACAGCAAUCGGCAGAUCAGAAUAUCUAUAUUUCUUCCAAUUAACUUUAUUACUGAUUAUUUUUACUCUAGUUGUAGAUUGUGGCGUUUCCCCACCUGGUUCCCCAUCAUACCCGUACUUUGUAGCAUUACAGAUCGGAUUUGCAGGAGCAAGUUGUUGGUCACUUUUGAUAAAUGGUCUUCUAGGUUUCAAUAUCUGGGAAGACGGAACAUAUAAAUCCAUGACCUUGGUUAGAGGGUUUUCCUUCUUGGGGUUUGCUGCCAAUUUUUUAGCGUCGAUCUUAACUUUCAAAGAUUGGAUUCAAGAUCACGAAAUGGGGAGUACAAAUGCAACUGCAAUGGUUGUAGUAGUUUACAUUGUAAACGCUGUAAUUCUUCUGGUCUACGUCAUCUGUCAACUAUUAAUAUCACUAUUUGUGGUUAAGAAUCUGUGGGUUACAGGAUCCAUUAUACUAGGUGUUUUCUUCUUCGUGAUGGGUCAAAUAAUAGUGUUUGCAUUAUCAACACCAAUUUGUGAAAAGUUCCAGCACUAUUUAGACGGGCUCUUCUUUGGAAGUUUAUGCAACAUUUUUGCCCUAAUGAUGCUUUACAAGACCUGGGACAUGACCACAGACGAUGAUUUAGAAUUCAGUGUUAGCAUCAAUAAAGAAGGUGAUGUCUUCUACAACAACGGAUACUAA